AUGGCAGUUGCGAUUGACAAUUUACCAAGCAGUGUACGGGCAAUAGCGUUCGGUCGACCGCCGCUAUUUCUCAAAGAUGCGCCACUUGCUGUGAGGAAGAUGUUUCGAGAUGUCAUGCAUAAUAGAACGUUGACGCAUGAUGAGAAGAAGCAAGAAUUAAGCAUGCUAGCGGAAAAAGUUCUGAAUAAAAAACAACUCGCCGAGUUUAAAAAGUAUUUGAAAGAGCGUGAAAAUCAAAGAAAGAAAUUUGAAGAGAAGGUGAAGAAACUUUCGCCAGCAGCUAAGGAAAUUUACGACCAAUUGGAACGUUUGAAAAUUGAACGAGCUAAAAUCCUGGAAAAAAUCGAUGAUAAUGUGCGAAAGGAACUUCGUCAAUUAUUUCGCAAAUCAAAUAAUCAAAAUCGAAAUAAUAGAAAAUAA